AACAGCAAACACAAAAAGUAGCACAAUGAAUCCUGAAACAAUAACACUGAUUGGAUGAUGUUUUUAGGUCAAUCCUGGAAGGCUCUAAGCACACUAGACAAGCGUCCGUUUGUGGAGGAAGCCGAACGACUGCGUUUGCAGCACCUCCAGGAUCACCCGAACUACAAAUACCGUCCUCGCCGCAAGAAACAGCCCAAGAAGAUGAAACGAGUGGAACCGGGUUUGCUCCUCCAAGGCCUCGCUGGCGGCCCAGGACUAGGAGAAGCUUACUCGCUACACUGCCAUGCCCAUCAUCUGCUGCCUCCUCUGGGACACUUCCGAGACCUCCACCCCUCCAGAGCUCCAGAGCUGGAGAGUUUCGGCCUGCCGACGCCAGAGAUGUCACCGCUAGACAUGUUGGAGGAGGGAGGCGGAGAUUCAGUGUUUUUCCCCCCUCACAUGCAGGAAGAUGUGGGUCUGGGAUCGUGGAUAAACUACCACCAGCAUCCAAACCAUCAAACUGGCCACCACCCUCACCACAACUCCCAUAACCUCCAGCAUUCCCACCCACACCUCAACCAGAAGUCUCCACUGGCCAGCCUCCCGCUGCAGGAGAAAUGCCUGGUUGUCGAGUCCACGAACCCUAACGGUCUCUACUCCAACAUGAGCCUCCCAGAAUCUUCCAAGGCUCCUCACACUCCCACACCUGCAGGCUAUUACGGUCAGAUAUACGGGAGCAGUCAGUCCCAGCCUGCCUUCACCUCUCAUCUGGGCCAGCUGUCUCCACCGCCCGAGACCUCGGCAGUCGCUCAGGUCGCUCCGCCUUCUCUGGACGCUGUGGACCAGCUGGGACCCUCAGCCGAGUUCUGGGGCGAAGUGGACAGAAUUGAGUUCGACCAAUACCUGAGUGCGAGCAGGACUCGAUUGAACAGGAACGCUCCAUGCGAGGAGAGCAGCGCUUUGAUAUCAGCCCUGUCCGACGCCAGCAGCGCAGUCUACUACAGCGCGUGCAUUACAGGAUAAAACUGCUUCCGCAAUCUCCAUGCAGUCCUGAAGUCUGGUGCACAUAUAGCUUCUUAUUUUUUUAGUCUCAGAUCUUUUUGAUUUAUUCGAUGUACCUUCUUCAGGGAAUCAUCUUGCCCGGUUUCACGAAUCACUGGAGGUUACUGAACUCUUUACAGGAUGGUUCUCACCGUAUAGACUUCACUAAAUUGCAUUUCACAGUAUGACUAGUCAUUUCUGGUCUUGAUAACCUGUACUUUCUGAGACUGUGGUCAAAUUUAACCGAUAAUUUUGCUGACUCCAUCCAGCUACUGUAUGCUUAUGGUCUCAAAUGAGGGUACUGGGACUUGGAAGUCAAGAAUGUGAAUAUUUUUGCUAUAUAUAUAUAUAUAUAUAUAUAUAUUAUUUGCCUUUUAUAUUGUUUAUUUCUAUUUUUAUAGACAUUUUAUAAAAGGUUGUAUGAAAAUAUGUUUUGCACUGGGUAUGUGAAAACCACUCAAGAUUUUUAAACUGCACUUAAUAUCUUUCAAACACUCUUUUUUUUCAUGACAUCUGACAUAUUUUGA